GACCUGGGUUAUUGUGUUUAUUUAUGUAAUUUAUGUUCUUGCAACCUCGCAAAAAACUUUGUCCAUCAGAUGGUGAUUUGUUUUUGGCAAAAAGCAAAAACACAUAUUGUGUAGAAAUAUAGUGGGUAAAAAAUAGAAAAAUAUGCUAAAUCUGGCUGUGCAAGAACUAUCAAAGUGCAAAAAUGUGUUAUAGGUGUUGAUGGUAUCAAGGAGAUAUGAAGGGAUUUGUAUGACGAAGCUGACUGGGUUUUGAGAACUGAUCUAUUACUAGAUGCCAUUUGAUUUGAGAAAGUUGUGAUGUAAGAAGUUGAAAGUGAGCAAUUUAACGUUAAGUUCAGUCAGCUAAUGUUGACAUUUGUCUACAACCGACUACAUUUUCUGCUAUUUUACCUAUAGAUGUGUUUGAGUACUAAAUGUGCCACUGCCUGCUCACUAAAUCUGUGACACAUCAUAAAGCAUCACACACAUAUACCUCCCAUUGACCCCGUACCCGAGAAACCGGAGGCCCCCAGUGAGUAACGUUAAUUACAUGACAGUGUUUGGAGCUGGUCCCCAUGGAAUUCCCAUUACAAGCUCCUUUUUUGGGCCACUUAGCGGAAACAAGUUGAAAACAACAUGUGGUUUACAUAAGUCCAUAAUAUUCAUUCUCCUUUAGCUCCAUUUUUGGUCUCUGGGAAAUUUCUGACUCUUGAGCUGCUAAAUGUGUUCGCUAGCUUGUAGCUAACUGUGUGCUGUUUGGUGCUGAGCAGAUAGUGUACUGUGAGUUUUUAGAGCUUUUUCUCUGAAAAAAACUGCCUGCUGCAGCUGAGAACAACACUAUGAGAGCGGAGAGACUGAACCAAAACAGUAAAGUUGCAUUGUCAUUUGAUACACUAUAAUUAUUGAUCAUAGCCGUUUUGAAUACAUGCAAUAUUUGCAUUUGAAAUAUAGUGAAGUACCUCAACAUUGUAUGAAAAUACAGUACUUGAGCAAAUGUACUUACUUUCCACCACUGGCACAGGGAUGUAUUUAUGCACAAACCAAACUAAACACAUUUUACUGCUCUAUUAUCAUAUCUGAUACUGGUGUAAAUAUGAUACUGAUAAACAUGUAUCAGAGUUUCACAUCAAUAUAUGUUAUAUGAUGACAAAGUCAUGCUAGAAGUCAACGACAAAGUAGUUUGUUCCAAAGUAUUUUUUUGUUCGCAUGUUUUGUUUAUGUUUUCAUUAUGAUGACAAUUUUCUUCACUAACCUUGGGGGAAAAAACACUAGCACAUUUUUAUCUCACUUCCUUCCGGUCUUUAACUUUGUCAUUGUUCUGAGGGAUGUUUUUUCCGGAGUAGGUAGCCACAGGCUCUCACUUAUCCAUUAAUUUGGCCAGCCAACAUUGUUAGAGGAUCUACUGCAAGACAUCAUGGCCCGCUUGCAUCUCACUGUGUUUGUGCCAUUGAAGGUAAUGACAAUAACUAUUUUAAUGUCAGUUAUUUUGUUGUUGUCUAUUGAGACAGGAUUUGGCCUGAAACAGACCUGUAGGCCUUUUUGUACUGGGAGUGACUGCAUAACUGUAAACCAAGAAAGAGUGGAUUUUAAAACAGCUGAGGAAGCAUGCCAUGACAGGAAUGGAGAGCUCUUGACAUUUCUGUCUGAGAUAGAUGAGACCAUCCUUGACAUUUUGAGUCAAGAUUUAUAUGGAAACUUCUGGAUUGGACUACAUUUACCAGCUGGAGCCUGCAGCAACCUUUCAGCUCCACUGAGAGGCUAUGAGUGGACCUCUGGCAGCAUGCACCCGAGCUUUAUUCCAUCUUCAAUCACCUGGGCAGACCGUGUUAAAGUCUGCUCUCCACGCUGUGUGACAUGUUCAAAUGGCCAAAAGUGGACAGAGAGGCUGUGCUCGGACAAGACGGAUGGCUUUCUGUGCAAAACAAAGCACAAAGAUGCAUGCCAGGCACAAAAAUUAUCAGAUAAAAAUUUUUUCCAGAGCUCCAAAGGCUGUUCAAGUGGCCCCUGUGAGCAUUUAUGCACAGAUGUAAAAGGUGGUUAUAAAUGCUCUUGUUACAGAGGAUAUAUCCCAGACAGCAAGGACCUGAGCAGGUGUAAAGUGCACUGUGGGGGACAGAAAUGCCAUGCGAUAUGUGAGGGAGACAAUGACACAUGCUUCUGUCCUGAUGGCUUUCUUCGGACUGGUAAAUUUUGUGAGGACAUUGAUGAAUGUAUCAUGGACUGGUGUGAUCAAGAGUGUAAAAACACUUUUGGAGGUUUUGUGUGUUCCUGCAGAAAAGGAUUUGUACUUGAUGAUAGUAAAGUCAAUUGCAUCAAAGCACAGGACAGUGAAAGCUUUGUGAUCACAACCCCUAUUGCCAUAGGUUUUGUCGCAAACAAUACUACACUGAAGGUUUCUUAUGCAAACACUGGUGGUUUCCUCUGGCUGUGGAUUUUUGUUGCUUUGACUGUGGUAGUGUCUAUAUUUGUGAUACGGUUUUAUGUUGUUAAGCGUCAGAAGCGGAGAGAACAAAACUCUACUGCUCCUGUGGACAAUAUUGAGUGUUAAAUCAAGUCUAGGAAAUGAUGAACACUAACUCCACCGGUCUCUUUAGCAUUCACAAUUUGGGAGACUUGCCCAUUACAUUUAUCAGAUUGCUGCUGUGGGAAAGAUCUCAGAAUUAACUCUUCUGAUUCAGGUCUCUGAUUUUUGAAUAUACAGAGGUAAUGUAUUAUAAAAUAUCAAUAAUAUUAAUAAUAUAUUACAUUUGAAAUGUAGGGGGGUAUGGAUAAUACUUCUUCCAGAAAUGGAUAUACACUACUUUAUUCCUAACUCCUAAUUAAAAGCAGCUCUUAAUUCAAAUAAGAAGUCGAUUCAAAUUUUAACUUUAAUUAAAGUACUUAUAUACGUUUCAGGACUAUAAAGUUGUCUGUGUCCCAGGUGGAGCUGAGAGUUAAUUUUGAUAUACCGCUUGGUAGCUGAUAUAUAUUAACUCUUGUUUUUUUAACUCAGCAUAUGUUUCUUUAGUAAAAUGUUUAUCUGCAUUAAGUAAACCUUUCAGUCAAAAGUAAAAUGGAGUUGAUUAGAAAAAAGUCCUAAGGGAAAGUGCCAGCUCCUUAAUAUGUUACUUUCAUUCAUUACCAUAAAUGUGGACUGUGUUCUUUUCAAGGUUUUUUCUUUAUAGCAUAAACAUAUUUUUUGUGUGCAUGUGCAUUUAACUUUGUAAAAGAUGAGUUUUGAAGUACACAAGUGAAAUUGCUUGUAAUAUGGAACAAUAGAGGGAGAUUUCAUGUGUCAUUCUCUGUCAUUCAUUCACUCAUAAAAACAAUUCAUUGUCGUCAUCAUUCUCAUCCUCAGAGUGCCACUGCCGCCUAGUGUUCUUUUGAAUAAACUGCUGAAGAGUCA